UUAUAACUGAAUCUGACGUCACGGCGGAGGAAGCUCAUCAUGAGGAAGUGUUCAGGCGGGAAACAAAAUGUUUUUUUUUUGUUGUCUAAACUCUGUUUACUUUUAAUACCCAUCAAUUUGGUACAAUUCUGUGCCUAAUUAAUCAAAUAGACGGUUAAUAGAAUGAAGAAUCACAUGACUUCCACACGUGACGUGUUUUAAAACACUUAAUAAUUGACUGUGUGUAAACAAACAUGAGAUUCAAAGGUCUCAGUCCAGCAGAAGAUCAUCAUGACCGACUGGAAGAAAAUGAGCAAAGAUGAGCUGGAGCUUCAGUACUCACCGAGUCGCUGGUCACACAGGAUGUCCGCAGGUGACGUGAUCAGAGCCCAUGUGGCAGCUUUAAAAUCAGGCACAGAGAAAGCUCGAGCUGUCACUCACACUCUGAUUGACGUGCCGUACGGUGAAGGUGACGGAGAGAAACUGGACGUUUACAUUCCCAGCAGCUCUAGUCCAGAUCUGCCGCUGGUGAUUUACUUUCAUGGAGGUUACUGGCAGUUUCUCAGUAAGGACGAGUCCGGGUUCCUGGCCGUCCCGCUGGUCCAGAAGGGCGUGGUGGUGGUCGCCGUGGGUUACAGUAUCGCUCCUAAAGGGAACAUGGAUCUGAUGGUGUCACAGGUGCGCAGGAGCGUGGUGUCAGUGAUCCAGCAGUACUCGCACAUCAGUGGGCUUUACCUGUGUGGUCAUUCUGCCGGAGCGCACCUGGCCGCUAUGGUUCUGUCCACCGAUUGGUCCCAGUACGACAUAUCACCGCAAAUCAAAGGUGCUUUUCUCGUCAGCGGCAUUUAUGACCUGCAGCCCAUCCUGUCCACAUACGUGAACGAGCCGCUGAAGAUGAACGAGGAAGUGGCGUUAAGGAACAGCCCAAGUCACUUCCUGUCGCAGCUCAAAGUCUCGUCUUCUUCCUGUGACAUCAUCGUCGCAGUGGCGCAGAACGACUCGCCCGAGUUCCGAAAGCAGUCGGAGGAAUACUUCAAAGCUUUGGAAUCCGCCGGUCUUAAAGUCUCUUUUGAAGAUGUUCCCAACACUGAUCAUUUCAGCAUCAUAGAGCAACUCGUCGAUGAGAAUUACCACCUCACAAAGCUCCUGCUCAAGAUGAUGGGGAAAAGUUGACGAUUACCCAGAAUGCACUGCUCCUGAACAGACCUGUGAGUUGACCUCAGAGCGACCUGACUCUUGGUCCAAUCAGACACUAGUAUUAAAUGUUUAUCAUCAUCUGUUUGUGUAUGUCGGUACAUUCAGAACUGUGUAACGUUUUCUGCUGCGGUCACUUGACUGUCUUUAUAAUGUUAUUUAAAUGUUUUACCAUGUGAUGAUUUCAAGUGACAUGCAAAUGAGAUGGAUCAGUUGAUCAUAUAAAGUCACAAAUGAAUGUUUAUUUGGUAUUAAAGGUUGUACAAAAGUGUUUUGUUUCAAGUUUUAAUUGAAUUGGCAGGAAAAACAAGUUUAAACCAGUCUAGUCCUGGUCAAACCGGUCUGGUUUGAAGUUUCAAUGGGAUUUUAGCUACUAAUCAAUUGUCUUACUCCACAUUUUUAUCAAGAUAACUCUAUGUGAAUUUGUUAGUGUGUGUAAUUUGAGGCAUUUUCAGUUCAAUAAAAUGCUGAUAUGAA